CUUCAGGAGAAUCUGGGCAAGCUGAUGACGAACCUAAGGAGCACUCAUCCACAUUUUGUGCGCUGUUUGAUUCCAAAUGAAUCAAAAACUCCAGGUCUCAUGGAGAACUUCCUGGUCAUCCACCAGCUGAGGUGUAACGGCGUGCUGGAGGGCAUCAGGAUCUGCAGGAAAGGCUUCCCCAGCAGAAUCCUCUAUGGUGACUUCAAGCAGAGAUACAAAGUAUUGAAUGCCAGCGUCAUCCCUGAGGGGCAAUUUAUCGACAACAAGAAGGCCUCAGAGAAACUCUUGGGUUCCAUUGAAGUUGAUCACACUCAGUACAAAUUCGGACACACUAAGGUGUUCUUCAAAGCUGGUUUGCUUGGAACUCUGGAGGAGAUGAGAGACGAGAAACUGGCAGAGCUGGUCACAAUGACUCAAGCUCUCUGCAGAGGAUUUCUCAUGAGACGCGAGUUUGUCAAGAUGAUGGAAAGACGGGAUGCGAUUUACUCCAUCCAGUACAACAUUCGAGCAUUCAUGAAUGUCAAAACUUGGCCAUGGAUGAAACUGUAUUUCAAGAUCAAGCCUCUGCUGAAGAGUGCAGAGACCGAGAAGGAGAUGGCUCAGAUGAAAGAAACAUUUGAAAAGACCAAAGAAGAUCUAACCAAAGCUCUGGCUAAAAAGAAAGAGCUGGAGGAGAAGAUGGUUUCUCUGCUCCAGGAGAAGAAUGACCUGCUGUUACAAGUGCAGUCUGAGGGAGAAAAUCUGGCCGAUGCAGAGGAGAGGUGUGAGGGGCUCAUUAAAGCCAAAAUCCAGCUGGAGGCAAAGCUCAAAGAGACUGCCGAGAGACUGGAGGAUGAGGAGGAGAUCAACGCAGAGCUGACUGCAAAGAAGAGAAAGCUGGAGGACGAGUGCUCCGAGUUAAAAAAGGACAUUGAUGACUUGGAGCUCACUCUGGCCAAAGUGGAAAAGGAGAAACAUGCCACUGAGAACAAGGUCAAGAACCUCACAGAGGAGAUGGCUUCUCAGGAUGAGACCAUUGCCAAACUGACCAAAGAGAAGAAGGCCCUCCAAGAGGCCCAUCAGCAGACCCUGGAUGACCUGCAGGCAGAGGAAGACAAAGUCAACACUCUGACGAAGGCCAAGACCAAGCUGGAGCAGCAAGUGGAUGAUCUUGAAGGUUCACUGGAGCAGGAGAAGAAGCUCCGCAUGGACCUGGAGCGAGCUAAGAGGAAGCUGGAAGGAGAUCUGAAACUGGCCCAGGAGUCCAUAAUGGAUCUGGAGAAUGACAAGCAGCAGUCUGAGGAGAAAAUUAAGAAGAAGGACUUUGAGAUGAGCCAACUUCUUAGUAAGAUUGAGGACGAGCAGUCUCUGGGAAUUCAGCUGCAGAAGAAGAUAAAGGAGCUUCAGGCUCGCAUUGAGGAGCUGGAGGAAGAGAUCGAAGCAGAGCGAGCUGCUCGGGCAAAAGUGGAGAAGCAGAGGUCUGACCUCUCCAGAGAGCUGGAGGAGAUCAGCGAGCGCCUGGAAGAAGCUGGAGGAGCAACUGCAGCUCAAAUUGAGAUGAACAAGAAGCGCGAGGCCGAAUUUCAGAAGCUGCGACGGGAUCUCGAAGAGGCCACGCUGCAGCAUGAAGCCACGGCAGCAGCUCUCCGCAAGAAGCAGGCCGACACCGUGGCUGAGCUGGGAGAGCAGAUCGACAACCUGCAGAGAGUCAAGCAGAAGCUGGAGAAAGAAAAGAGUGAAUACAAGAUGGAGAUCGAUGACCUCAGCAGCAACAUGGAGGCCAUUGCCAAAGCAAAAGGAAACCUGGAGAAAAUGUGCAGGACCUUAGAGGAUCAGCUGAGUGAGCUCAAAUCCAAGAACGAUGAAAAUGUCCGUCAACUAAAUGACAUCAGUGCACAAAAGGCUCGACUUCAGACUGAAAACGGAGAAUUUGGUCGUCAGCUGGAGGAGAAGGAGGCACUCGUCUCUCAGCUGACCAGAGGCAAGCAGGCUUUCACUCAGCAGAUUGAA